GGAGUCAGCCCUAAAAACUUCAUCAAACCAACAGCCUGCUGCUCAGCCUAGGUCAUCGACAGAAACCUAGAUACAAAAACAGGACAAAUCUGAUUAACCAUGACUACUCUGCUUCUACUUUGUGCAUUCUUGAGUAUUUCCUCUGCAGCCAUAACACAUGGAGAUGCAAAUGAUGAGGACAGCACGCUAAGAGUUAGCAUCCCUGUGGAGCAGCCAUUACGUCCUCUGCUGGGCGGGAAGAUGAUCAUCCCUUGCUACUUCCAGAACAGCACAGUCCCUGACCCUGGAGCCCCCCCAGUCACCCCACUGUCACAGCGCAUCAAAUGGUUCUACAUCACCAAGGACCAAAUUAGUGUCAUUCUGGUGGCAAAUGAGGGAUUUGUGAACAUUCAGCCAGAUUAUUUGCAAAGGGUAACCAUGGUGAGCUAUCCUGCAGUAUCUACAGACGCCUCCAUAGAGAUCUCAAAUCUACGUUCCAAAGAUUCUGGGACAUACCGGUGUAAGGUCAUGCAGGGCAUUGAGGACAACUACGACUCAGUGGAAAUGCAAGUUCAAGGCAUUGUGUUCCACUACCGAGCCAUAACCGGCCGCUACACACUGACCUUUGAUAAGGCAAUGGCAGCCUGCAUCCAGAACAGUGCUGUUUUAGCAACCCCUGAACAGCUGCAGGCAGCGUACGAUGACGGCUUCCAUCAGUGUGAUGCAGGAUGGCUUUCAGACCGAACUGUCAGGUACCCUAUUCAUGUGCCCAGGGAGCCUUGCUACGGAGACAAGGAACGCUUACCAGGUGUACGAACCUACGGAAUCAGAGAUAACAGUGAAACUUAUGAUGUUUACUGCUUUGCAGAGAAGAUGUCUGGAAGAGUCUUUUACUCCAUGUCUACAAAGAAGUUUACCUUUCCUGAGGCAUCAGACCAAUGCACCAAGCUUGGAGCACGUUUGGCAACCACAGGGCAAUUGCACUUGGCCUGGAAAGCUGGAAUGGAUGUGUGCGAUGCUGGCUGGUUGGCAGACGGGAGUGUGAGAUACCCUAUCAAUGUUGCCCGGUCGCAAUGCGGUGGGGGUCUCCUGGGUGUACGGACAGUAUUCCGUUUUAAAAACCAGACAGGUUUUCCUCUCCCGGAUUCACAUUAUGAUGCUAUUUGUUAUGAAGGAGAGGAUGACUUACCCGGUCCACACUCCCCAGUGUCUAAUGUAUUCAGAAUCCCAGGCUUGCACAGUUCACUACCUAAUGUUUCUGUAAGCACACAUUCCCACACCCCAGUGCCUGAUCUUUACAUGACUACAGACUCUGAGUUCAGCGUAGGAACCUUUACUGCCAGCCCUGAGAUCUAUCCAGAGAGUGCCACCACUGAGAGUGAAGUGAGAGGGGAGUUUGGAACUCAAGAGCCCUGGGAAACAACCAUGGAGACACCACUUUCUAUCCCUCCGACUAUUGUGGACACUUUGAUUGCUGUGGCUAGAGCUCAGACUGAUCUGGGCUAUGAGAGGCAACCGGAAAAUAGCAACACUGAUUUAGAAUCCAAAGGAGUGGUGUUCUAUUACCACUCAGACUCCAGGCACUAUGCUUUCAACUUUGAAGAGGCUCAGAGGGCCUGUCAGGAACAGGGAGCUAAAAUAGCCACCCCUAUCCAGCUGCAAGCAGCCUAUGAAGGCGGCCUCCAUCAGUGCAAUGCUGGCUGGCUUCAGGACCAGUCUGUCAGGUACCCUGUUGUGUUUACGUCCAAAUGCUCUGGAGAUCUGGAGAAUGCUCCUGGGGUUCGAUCCUAUGGGGUUAAGCCUGCGUUUGAUCGCUUUGAUGUGUAUUGCUACAUUGACCAAAUAAAGGGUGAGGUCUUUCAUCUUAGCUCCCCGGAAGGAUUUACCUUCUAUGAGGCAGCUGAUAACUGCCACGAACAGAAUGCCACACUGGCAUCCACUGCUGAGCUGUAUGCAGUCUGGAAUCACGGCUUCCAUAAGUGUAGCCCAGGAUGGCUAGCUGAUCGCAGUGUCCGGUACCCUGUUCAAACAAGCCGUCUUGAUUGUGGCGAGAAGAAAACAGGUGUUAACACCAUAUAUGAAAACCAGACUAGAUUUCCAGAUCCAUUCUCAAGAUAUGACGCCUACUGCAUUAGAGCAAAUCUGUCAAUGCAUACAAGUGAGGACUUGCUAAAUGGCUCAUGGACCAAUACAGAUUUUAACAACACAUACACACAGCCAGCUGAUCCUUUCAUUCCUGGCAUGUCAGUGGAGGAAAGUGGUUCUGGAUCUUCCUCUGCUGACUUCAGUGGCCAAUCCAGUGACGGGCCAUAUGGGAAAAGUUCCCCCAGUGAACAUGUAUCUAGUAGUGACCUUUCAAGUGGGGUGAUAUUUGAUAGCAACUUGACUAGUCAAUCUGUUUCUGGAAGUGCCUCUUCAAGUGGGGAGAUGUCUGGAGGUGGUGAUGUUCAAGGAAGUGAAAUCUUUAGUGAAGGGGUAUCUGAAUCUGGCCUGAGUGGAGAUGACUCAGACAUCUUUGUCACCCUCACGGAAAAGCCAGAUAUACCCUCAGCAGAGGGAUCUGCCUUAGAAAGUCCACAAGAGGCAGGAGAAGCAAUAGAUGUUUUUUAUCCCAGCCUGGUAUCCAACGACACUAGUACUGACCACUCAGGGUCAGGUGAUAUGUCAGGAUCCAGUCAGGAAAAAAGUGGGUCCAGUGGUCUUUUAUCAGGAUUUGCUAGUGGAGAUCUAAUCAUCUUGGUUGAUGAGCAAAAUACCUUUGUGACCCUCCCACAGCCCAAAACAGAGCAGGAAUUUAGGGAAGGACAUCCAGAGGAAAGUGGAUAUAGUGGACACAGUGGUGAUGUCACAAAUGGCUUUGAAUUCAGUGGACUCCACAGUGGGGAUGUCAACAGCGCCUCUGGAUUCACUGGACUCCAUAGUGGUGAUGACUUGAGUGGCUCUGGAUUUAGUGGCCUUCACAGUGGUGAUGAUUUGACUGGCUCUGGAUUAACUGAACAUCACAGUGGUGAUGUAAUUAAUGGUUCUGGCCCUUCAACUGGUUCAACUAGAAGACCACUUGAAAAGCAGGAGCUGUCUGGUAGUUCUGUUGAUGUGUCUAGUAAUGUCAGUGGGUUUACCUCUGCAUACACCUCUGGAACAUCUGGUUUUUUUAGUCAUUCAUCAAGCAGAGACUACAGAUCUUUUGAGAGUGGAAAGGCCAUCUUUCCUACAAGAGAUGAGAUUACAGCAAUCCCCUCCAGACCUACAAAUAGUUCAGACCAGGGUCGUGAUUUUGUUGAGAGCAGUUCUUUAGACCCUUAUACAGAAAACACGGCAUCUGUACCCUCACAAAAUAACAAUGUGAGUGGUGAAGCAACUAAAGAUCUUCCUGCAGCCUUGGCUUAUGUUGCUGAUGAAUCUCCUAGCAACACCAGAAGUACAACUUUAUUACUUUUCACAUCAUCUCCUGACACAUUGCUGGGAAGAGCAAAUACUGUGAAGCAGCCGAAUGUUACUGAAGCAGUGUCAGGAUGUGCAGAUGGCUGGGAGGAAUUUAAGGGCAGCUGCUAUAUCCACUUUAGUGAGAGAAAGACUUGGGAGAGCGCUGAACAGCACUGUCAAGAGCUAGACUCUCACUUGGUUAGCAUUACUUCACAAGAGGAACAGGACUUUGUUAACAAUAAAGUUGCUGACUACCAGUGGAUUGGACUUAAUGACAGAGACAAGCAAAAUGAGUUCCACUGGACGGAUGAGAGCCCUAUGGCAUAUACAAACUGGAGACCCAACCAGCCAGAUAAUUACUUUAACCAUGAUGAAGAUUGUGUUGUAAUGGUAUGGCACGCGAACGGCCAAUGGAAUGAUGUGCCCUGUAACUACAAUCUGCCUUUCACAUGCAAGAGUACACCUGUCAAAUGCUCUGCACCUCCUGAAGUAGAAAAUGCCAAGAUGUUGGGAAAAAGCGAAGAACCCUACCUAGUCAAUUCCAUCAUCCGCUACCAGUGUGACCCUGGCUUCGGACAGCGCCACCUAUCUGUGAUACACUGUAUGCCAGAUGGUCGAUGGGAAGAGCCAAAAGUUGAGUGUAUAGAAAAAACCACAAACAACAGACUACAGAAAAGAUCCAUCAAAAGACACUCAAAAACAGUCAACAGUCAAACACAAAUGUUCUCUAGACAGGACUUAAGGACCACACUUCAAAUCUAAAGGACUUCUUAGCAGAAAGUAUUUAAAUGUGCUUUAUUUUCUCACAGGAAAAGCAGUAACCCUGGUUACAAGGUCCA